AACUGACGUUUGAUAUACGCAUGAUUUUGUUAUUUUGAAAUGUCAAUGUAGUAAAAAAUUAUCUUAAGUUUAAUUUCAAUUAAUAGUCUCUAAAAAUAAGUUAAUUGUAAUUGAAUUGUACGUCUAAAUAUGUAGUGAAGUGUUAAGAGUUAACAGCAACUCAUGAGAUGUAUAACAUAUAACCUUAGUUUACUUUAACCAUUUUUAAAGAAACAUGAGUAGCCCUAAUAUUCCAGGCGAAAUAGAAAGUCCCCUAUCUCCAGUUUUAAGUAGCAGUAAAAACACUAAGUUUGUAAUGAGAAGAAAACUUAAAGAUAAAAGCAGGAUAAAAUUAAGUGAUAAAUUUAGUGAAACCGAGACAGGAUUGGAACCAAAACAAAAGAAUGAUGAAAUAUUAGAUUCCUAUUGUUUAGGCCAGGAAAUAAACAUCUGGGAAGAUAUUGAUAAGAUUGAAGCAGUGGAGGCACAGAAGAAAGUUGCUAACCCUGAAAACUUUAGUUUUAAAAUACCUAUUUCACCAGCUCCAAGUAGUAAAAAUAAAACUUUUUUGGCAUCACCUGAUAGAUUAGGCUCUCCAAAAAGUUCAAUUUCGACGUUACAAAACCAAAAUAAAAAAGAAAUUGGAUUUCAAACUUGUAGUGGUAUAAAAAUCCAGGUUCCUAGUAAAGUUUUAGGUAAAAGUUCCAAAAUAUUCGAUGAUAUUUUAAAUUCCAACCAGCAAAAUAAUACUAAAUUAAAAAAGUUUAAUUUUUUAAAGAAAAAUGAACCUGGUGGUAUACAUGUAAGAUACAAAGGUUUAAAUUUAUCUAAUGUAACUGAAUCAUGUAAAGAUAACAAAGAAGAUUUAACAUUUAGCCAGCAAAUUGAUGAUCUAGGCAUAAGCAAUACACAAUUGAUCUCUGUAAUGGAUACUGUUUUAGAUAAACACAGUAAAAUUUUGACUAAUAAAAAUUAUACCACUUUACAAUUUGAAGAACAAUUUAAAGGAUUUACAAAAGAUGAAAUGCAACUAUCAAAUUCUUAUGUAGAAGAAUUCAUGAAAAUAAACAAGGAGUUAUUAGAUAAAGUAGACAUUACUAGCAACAAAAAAGUUGGAUUUAAAAGGUUAAACAAAAGUUCUAAUGAUACCGAACCAUGUUUAAAAAAAACCAAAUUUGAUAAUGUAAUAGACAGUAAAACACCAGAUUAUUACAUUGACAAAAAUAUGAAUGGAAGCAAUAAAGAAUUGCACUUAACAAGUUUAGAAAAGAAAAUUGGUAAUUUAAAAGAGGGAAUACUGGAGUUCAACAAAGAAUUUAAAAAUUGUGAGGCUUCACCUGGUUUUUCAAUGGUGCCUGAGGAAAAGUUAAAUAUAUUAAAAGAAAUAGUUCCUAAGCCUAAAGACAGCUUUUCAGGAUUUUUAAAGGCUUCUGGAAAGAAAGUUGGUAUUUCAAAAGAGGGUUGGUCCAAAUCCAGAAAACUUUUUGAAGAUAUAGAUAGAGAAGAAGAAAAUAGAAUUUACAAUAAAAAAAACAAUGCACAAAAUUUAAUUUCAAAAAAUUCAGAAGGAAAUUAUUUUUCAAAAAGUUUUGAUCAUACUGUGGUUGAUUCUAAAAUGACAGAAAAAAUCCUUACAAAGAGUUUAAAGAUUGAAAGUGAUUUUUCAAAUUCUUUCCAGGAAAAUUUUACUGGGUUUUUGAAGGCUUCUGGAAAAAAUAUUAUUAUUUCAAAAGAUGCGUGGUCUAAGUCAAUACAAUUUUUCGAAAAUAUAGAUCAUGAAGAAGAAAAUACUACUUUUGAUAAGUCAAUUAAUAAUAUUGAUUUUAACAGUUUAAAUAAAAUGAACCAAUCACAAGGAUUCUUAAAAGCAUCUGGUUCAUUAAUAUCAAUAUCAGAAAAAUCAUUGAUAAAGGCCAAAAAUUUGGAAGAUGAAAUACAAAUAGAUGCAGGACAAAAUUAUUUUACUAAAUAUCCUUCCAAAAGUAGUGUAGAUGAAUUUUCAAAAUCAUGUUUUGACUCUGUUUCUGGUUUGAAGUCCCAAUCAAAGCAGCUUUUUGGAAAUAUAGAUAAGGAAGAAUUUGAUAAAACAAUAAGAAAAGAUGAUUCAAAUAAAGAAAAUAUUAAAAGCGCAACUCAAAAUUUCCAAGGAUUUUCCGCAUCUGGUUCACCAAUAUCUAUAUCCAAAACAGAGUUACUAAAAGUCCAAAAUCUAUUUACAACUUUGGAAAGUGAAAUGAAAAACGAUCUCGAAGAAAACAUUUUGUCUAAAAACGUUUCCAAUAGUAGUUCAGAUAAUACAGCGGUAGGAUUGAAAACUCCCAGAAGAGACAUAACAUUAAAACCUGAGGUAGUAGUAGACUUUUCUAAUUCAUCUUUGGGCAGUUUUGGGUUUUCAAAGGCUUCAGGAAAGAAAAUAAAUAUUUCCAAAGAGGCAUGGUCCAAAUGCAAACUUUUUGAAAAUAUAGAUAGAGAAGAAGAAUUGAAUGAAACAAAAAAUAAAUCCAAUGGUUCAGAUAAAAACAUAAAUUUCGAUGAAUUUUCAAAAGCAUCUGGUUCUUUAAUAUCAAUAUCUGAUACAGGCUUACUUGAGGCCAAAAACCUGUUUACAGAUGCACAAAGUGAAAUUAAGAAAGAUUCAGAAGAAAUUUAUUUUUUUAGAAGCCUUUCCGACAGUAGUUUGGAUACUACUGCGGUCGAAUUUAAAACGCCUAAAAGAAACAAUGAAUUCAAUUCCAGUAAUUUAUCUAGUGGAAAACGAAAGCGAAGCUUGGGUAUUACAACAUGCAAGCAAAUUGAUAUACCAGAGCAAAAGUUAACUAAGGCAAAGUUAAUGUUUAAUGAACUACCUCCAAAGUCUACUGAAAAACAGAAUAAUCCUACAUUAUCCAACAGAAUAGUGAGUUCAACUCCUUUACCUGAAAGAUUUGUAAAAAAGCCUAGUAGUUUAAUGGUUGAUAAUGAGUUUAUGAAAGCCAAGGCAAUUUUUGGUGAUGAAGAUUUCAGUGAUAUUUUUGGGGAGAAAAAUACGACAAUGGUCAUCAAAAAAGAAAACUAUUUAAAUGUUUUUAAUUCUACUCCUAUAAAAUCACAAAUGAUGCAGUCCAAAACUAACAUUUCAGAUAUUGCAAAUGUUUCUAUAGAUACUAUUGUUAAUUCAGAAGAGUCGAGUAUAAGAAGAGGUAAUGUCACAGUAAUUAACAAUUAUGGUAUAGUUUUAAAAGAACCAGAAAACGUUAACAUUGACAGUUGGUUAAACAAUCUGCAAAGUGAUAGGAAAAGUUUGGAACAAGCAUUAAAAAAUGUUAUAGAAAAACAGAAUGCCCUUAACAAGAUAAGAUUAGAAAAAGAUAUUAGCAAGAGGAGACAAUUUGGCACAAUGUCAGUUGCUAAAAAAGGAGUGGAUUGCGUUAGCUUAAGAAACUUUGUGAUGUCGAAAAAACCCGGUGCAGAAGCCAAUUUUAACGAGGAUUAUAAAUUAUUCGAUAUUAAUCCACAAAACGCUGCCUCAGUUCAUUUCAUAUCCAAAAAAUUAAUUAAAACAACUGAUGGUGCCACUUUAUUACCCAACUCCAGUGAUCUAAUUGGAUUUGCGGAAAUAGAAAUAGCUUUUCAGGCAAUGCCUGGUGUUGACCCCAAACUAAUUCCAAAAUCUUGGAUAGCCAAUCACUAUAAGUGGAUUAUUUGGAAGCUAGCAAGCUACAAAAGAAUGUUUCCUGUAGAAUUUAAAGAAGUAUUUUGCCUUGAACAAGUUAUUCAACAGUUGAAAUACAGAUAUGAUAGGGAAAUAGACAAGGCGGAAAGAAGUGCUCUUCGUAAGAUUUACGAAAAAGACGACUCUUCGCAAAAGAGAUUAGUCCUUUGCGUAUCAAAUAUAACAGAAGACAAGGGAAAAUAUGAAUUAGAAUUAACUGACGGAUGGUACGCAAUUAAAACAGUCGUUGACGAUCCUUUAUCAUUCCAAGUGUUUAAGAGGAAAAUACAAGUUGGUACAAAACUAAUAACCUCGGGAGCGGAGGUAUAUAACUGUGAUGGUUGUUAUCCCCUAGAGACUACCAAUAUUGUUUACAUGAAAAUAAACUUCAAUUGCACUAGACGGGCAGCUUGGUAUUCCAAACUAGGUUAUCAACCUUGUCCAAGCCCUUUUCCCAUUCAAUUGCAUACUAUUCACCAAUCAGGUGGAGUUAUUGGUUGCCUAAAGGUUUAUAUUGCUAGGUCAUAUCCUCUUAAAUAUAUGGAACGGGAAAAUGCAAUAAUAGUGUGGAGAAACAAAAAGGCGGAAGAGAGAAGAGCCCAAGAAUGGGAAAUGGAAAGAAACAAAAAAGUCGAACUCAUACAAGAAUCCGCUCGAAAGGAAUUUACAACAAAUAGAAACAAUGAGAAUAGGGUUAGAUAUUGUAAAAAAGAUAUUUCCGAAGUUACUUGUCCGAUAUCAUUGAACGAAAUCUAUGAAAGUAGUAUUGAUCCAGAUAGGAUUCAAGAACUGUUUUCUUUAUCACAAAGGGAAACUUUAAUGGACUAUCAACGAAGUCAAGCUAGGGAUAAGCAGGACAAAAUAAAUGUCAAAGUUAAGGAUUUGAUUUCUAAAAGUAAUCUAAACAAAAGAGACAUUAGCAGUGUUUGGAAGUUACUUAUUAUUGAUGUUAAUUCCGAUUCGGAAAAAACUUACUCUUUAAAUAUAUGGAGGCCUACACAUGUACAUCAACAGAUUUUACAAGAGGGAAAAGUUGCGACAUUGUAUAAUGUUUUACCAGGAAAAUCUGGCGAGUUAAGUUCAAGUUUUAAAACAAAGUUGAAUCUAAAUCCAGAGUUUUCUCUAACGGCAUAUAAUAAGUUCAAUAGAAAACUUGUGCCUAUUUCAUUAUUAUUUAAUGAAAAUGAAGCGCCCAUUUUCAACGAAUUUGAUACUAUUGGCGUGAUAGUUGAUAUUAAAUUUGAAACCAACUUUCAAAGCAUAUGGUUAGCAGAUGAUGUCAAUACACUUUUAUUGGUAAAAAUUCACGAGCCAGCCAAAUAUUGCAUUUUAUUGGACAAUUUAAAGAGAGGGCAAAUAAUAAGCUGUUGUAAUUUAUGUUACAAACAACCUGAAUCAGGAGUAGCACAAGCUACAGGAAACCAUUAUUCCCUGUUUUCUAGAUAUUCUCAGUACAAACAUUUACAAGAAGCGGUUACUGAGUUGGAAAAUAAAAUUUCUGAGAACAUGGACAACUAUUUGGUAGAAUGUGAUAAAAUAAUUAGUAACUUUUCAACUAUUCAUAAUUUAAAAUCACAAAGUACGUUUAUGUCAAGCUCAAAUAUUUCUGAUGAUUCCAAGUUGGAAGAAAGUACUCUGGAUUUUUCUAGGGUGACAGAUACGGACGUUGCGAUGUCUAUGAUAGAUAUAGAUAAGUUAUUGAAACAAUAGUUUAGAAUGUUCUUUAAAAGUACGUACCUAUAUAUUUUUUGUGAUAACAGAGUUUUUGUUUUGUUUUUUAUUAUUUUUAUGUAUUUUUAAAUAUAUGCCGAUUUAAGUAU